AUGGCGAAGAACUUCAAACUUGAUUCCUUUUGGAUGGCAAAAAUAAAGAAUCAAUUUUACAUGUUGUUUGAUAGGAAUCUAAAUGAAGUCGUUGGAAAAAAGGAUUUUGAUUUGGCUUUCCAGGACCUGGUACUAAGAAGAGACUGGAAAGAUGGCAGCCCAAUGUGGAAGAGAGCCAACGUCAUGAAAAGUAACUUAUGGGAAAAUCUAACGAGUGAUGCGGAUAAAAACAACCAGAUCAGCUUAGUUGAAUGGUGCAACUUCUGGGCGGACUUUGCUGCAAAUUACGAGAAGAAAAAUGACAUACCGUUGUGGUUCCGCGAGUAUAUUGACAUAACUUUUCACAUAAUUGACAAAAAUGGAGAUGGUUUGAUUGACGAAGUUGAAUUUGUUGGAUUUUACUACGAAUCAAGACACAUCUCCAACACUUUUCUAUGCUUCGUAGAGUCUGCAUAUAGGAAAAUCAUUAUGAAUGGACAGCGGGUUUUGGACAUAGCUCUUUUCAGGGAGAUGAUACUUGGAUUCACUGUAUCUAGGGAUAUGGAAACUAUUGGGAAUACUUUUGGAGAAAUGAUAGUCAAACAAUUAGUUUCCAGAGCCGAAUUUAAACGCACCGAUAUCUGGGAGAAGAAAAACAAGUAUCAGUUUUAUACCUGGUUUGAUCAAGACAAAAAUGGAGUGGUUAGUAAGAACGAUUUCGAAAUACAUGUGAAGAAUAUUCUCACCAUGACCAAGUGGACAGAGGGCAGUCCAAUGUGGGUGAGAUUAAAUGACGUUUUUAGCAACAUGUGGAAGGCAAUGAAAGAUAUUGCAGACACUAACCUGGACGACACGGUUACCAUCGACGAAUGGCUAAAUGCCUUAGAAAAAAUGUGCCGGCAGAUUCAAACUAAACCCCUUCAAAUCCCACGAUGGUACUUACGUUUAAUGGACGUUUACUUUGAUGUAUUUGAUAGACUUGGAAAUUCUGAUGGAUGGGUGGAGAAAGAGGAAUGGGUAACAUAUUUUGGAAAAUAUUUAGAAUUGCCACAAGAAAGAUCUGAGAAAUAUUUCAAGAAGAUGACAUACGAUGGACGGAUUACUGUUGAUCGGGAUUUUUGGUAUUUAUGGGUCAUACAGAUGAAUAUGUCUGAUGAUGUGAACUCCCCCGGAGAUAUCUUCAUACGAAUGUGUACUGAGAAGCAAAACUAAUAGACGAAUCGACAGCAGACACACAGGUGAUCCGCUCGAUUACGCUGACGGUUCGUUUUGGUAACAAAAUGUCGGAACGUCGAAGGUACGAUUUUUCUUUUUUCCUUAUUUCACGCGUUGU